AUGGUCAAGGAGACGAAAUUCUAUGACAUCCUCGGGGUUGAAGUCACGGCUACAGAGGCUCAACUGAAAACGGCCUACAAGAAGGGCGCUCUGAAGCAUCAUCCUGACAAGAAUGCACACAACCCGGAUGCGGCCGAAAAGUUUAAAGACCUCUCCAAAGCAUAUGAAGUCCUUUCCGACCCUCAAAAACGAUCCCUCUAUGACCAAUAUGGCGAGGAAGGCCUAGAGCAAGGAGGCAUGGGCGGCGGUGGCAUGGCUGCAGAAGACCUCUUCGCACAAUUCUUUGGUGGCGGCUCAUCCUUCGGGGGCAUGUUUGGAGGCGGCAUGCGUGAGACUGGCCCAAAGAAAGCAAGAACAAUCCACCACGUCCAUAAAGUGUCGUUGGAGGACAUCUACAAAGGAAAAGUCUCGAAAUUGGCACUUCAGAAGUCUGUCAUCUGCCCGCAGUGCGAUGGCCGCGGAGGCAAGGAGGGUGCCGUCAAAACCUGCGCCGGUUGCAAUGGUGCGGGUAUGAAGACUAUGAUGAGACAGAUGGGACCCAUGAUCCAGCGCUUCCAGACAAUUUGCCCCGAUUGCCAGGGAGAAGGUGAGACCAUCCGCGAGCGUGACCGAUGUAAGCGCUGCAUGGGUAAGAAGACUGUCGUGGAGCGCAAGGUCCUCCACGUUCACGUCGAUCGUGGUGUCAAGAGCGGCCACAAGAUCGAAUUCCGUGGGGAAGGUGACCAGAUGCCCGGUGUGCUCGCCGGAGAUGUCGUGUUCGAAAUCGAACAGAAACCCCAUCCACGAUUCCAACGGAAGGACGAUGAUCUUUUCUACCAUGCCGAGAUCGAUCUGUUGACCGCGCUGGCCGGUGGUCAGAUCUACAUUGAGCAUCUUGAUGACCGGUGGUUGACUGUCAACAUCUACCCAGGCGAGCCUAUCACACCUGGGUCCAUCAAGGUGAUCAAAGGUCAGGGAAUGCCGUCGCUAAGACACCAUGACUUCGGCAACCUGUACAUCCAAUUCGACGUAAAAUUCCCCGACAAGUCGACAAUCAACAGUCAAAAUCUCCCGCUCCUCGAACAAGUGCUACCGCCUCGCAUGGAACAGAAGUUGCCACCUGCUGAUGGCAUGGUGGAAGACUUUGACCUGGAAGAAGUGGACCCGCGCCAGCACGCACGGGCUCAUGGCGCCACUGACGAAGACGACGAAGACGGCAUUCCCGCUGGUGCCGAGAGAGUGCAAUGCGCAUCCCAGUGA